CGCUUUUCCUUUCCCUCCCGCACAGAGUGGCAAUGUGUAGCAAAGCGCUCUUAGCCCUCCUGGUCUAUGGCAUAAUAAUGCAUUGCAGCGUCUACUGCUCACCCGCCGUUGGACUCCAGUACCCGGCGCUCAGGCUGGAGGAGGAGGUGUACGACGAGGACGGGAAUACCCUGCAGGACUUCGCCUACGAGCAGGAGCCGCUGGGGGUGGCGGGGCCGCCGUCCGCGCUGGGCGAGGUGUACGCGCUGUACUACCCGCCGGGAAAGAGGCACGCCGAUGGGAUCUUCAGCAAAGCCUACAGGAAACUCCUGGGCCAGCUGUCCGCAAGGAAAUACCUGCACUCCCUGAUGGCCAAGCGGGUCGGCGGUGCCAGCAGCGGCCUGGGGGACGAGGCGGAACCGCUCAGCAAGCGGCACAUAGACGGCAUCUUCACGGACAGCUACAGCCGCUACCGGAAACAAAUGGCUGUCAAGAAAUACUUAGCGGCCGUCCUGGGGAAAAGGUAUAAACAAAGAGUUAAAAACAAAGGACGCCGAGUAGCGUAUUUGUAGCGAUGAGCAACCGCCGCUGCCGUGCGUAGUCCUGAGAGAGAGAGAGAGAGAGAGAUUGAGAGAGAGAGAGAGAGAGAGAGAGAGACCCAACCACCCCAACCCAAACAAAAGUCAUUUCCAAAGUGACGGAACGACCGCCGCUCCCGUGUUCCCCAAACAUGUAUUUAUGUAUGAAGUAAAGCCAUUAAAUGAAUAUUUUGAUAAU